AUGGACGCCAUCGAUGAUCUCGUCCUAGUCGACCAGGACGAGCUUGCCAAGAGCAUUGAGACCAAGGCCGAGGCGGCGUUGGAGCGCCGGCUGCGGGAGACGGAGCAGAAGCGGCUCGACAAAGCUAGGGCGGCGCUGGCCAAGGCCCGCCUGAAGCUCCUCAGCUUAGAGCGCCAGCUCCCCCGAGCCAAGAUCAGCGCCCGCCGACUGCUUGCUACCAAGAUCGACGAUGCCAGAAAGGAGCUAGAGGCUCGAGAGCAGGAUAUACGCGAUAUCGAGCGGCGUAUUGACGGUGACGAUGAGGGCGAGACCGAGCACGACUACCUCGUGAGAACGGGGAAAAUCACGGCCUUUGGCACCUCCCAGGGGUUUGUCGGAGGCGAAACGACAGAGACGAAGUCCCACCAACAACUUCACGAGCCUGGGAUUAAUCAAACUGUGGAUAAACGCGUCGAGGCUCAAGAGGAGGUAGAGGAGGAAAAACAGGAGGAAAUACCAAUCAAACAGGAAGAUAACGAUAUUGUCGAGGUGUCUGAUGACUCGGGCAGUGCCUAUGAGAGUGACGGAGCCCCUAGUGAGCCUGAAGACGAGGAGGAGUACGCGGUAGUCGUCAACGAUGAGCUCGACGAAGUGAGGGAACCGCUGGAGACUCCCGAGCCGCUGACGGAAAGAAACGUCGAUGACGGCGAUAUGGAGCGGUACAGGUUACGCCUAGACCAUUGGGAAACCACUCGGCGAGCUUUGAGAGUCAACCCUACUACUACUCCUGAGGAUGAACCAUACUUGCCCCACCCCACAGUUGAGGACGCUGUGCUUGAUAACACCUUCCGCUUACCAGGGGAUAUUCACCCACUGUUGUUUGACUACCAAAAGACGUGUGUCCAGUGGCUCUGGGAGCUCUAUAACCAGAAGACGGGGGGCAUUCUCGGCGACGAAAUGGGUCUAGGGAAAACCGUCCAGGUAAUCUCGUUCCUUGCCGGCUUACACCACCUGAAGAUCUUACAAAAACCGAUACUUGUGGUCGUUCCAGCCACCGUGUUAGCUCAAUGGUGUAAUGAGUUCCACCGGUGGUGGCCGCCGUUUAGAGUGGUCUUACUCCACGCCAUUGGCCUGGGUAUCACCAAAAAGAAACUACUGGAAGAAGACGAAUUGGAGGCGUUUGUCAACGGUCAACUGCUUGAGAAAGAAACGACUAAUGCUGGUGAUUUAGUCAAACUGGUGUUCAAUGACCAAGGAGGUUCAGGGGUGAUUAUCACCACCUAUUUGGGGCUCAGAAUCUACCGCCGCCACUUACUCGGCCGCCAGUGGGGCUAUGCUGUUCUUGACGAAGGCCACAAGAUCCGUAACCCUAACCUGAUGGUACUGCUUUCGGCAAAACAGAUCCGCACCCAUAAUCGUCUCAUUUUGCUGGGGACUCCCAUCCAGAACAAUUUGACCGAAUUGUGGCUGUUAUUUGACUUUGUCUACCCUGGUAGGUUAGGUACUUUACCGGUAUUCCAGCAACAGUUUGCUGUUCCCAUCAAUAUGGGGGGCUACGCCAAUGCUACGAACGUCCAAGUCCAGGCCGGCUACAAGUGUGCCGUGGUGCUUCGAGAGAUGAUUAACCCGUACUUGUUACGCCGAGUGAAGGCCGAUGUCGCCCGUGACUUGCCGCAGAAGAAAGAGAUGGUGGUGUUUGUCAAGCUUACUCCACAACAGCGUCAGCUCUACUCCCAGUUCUUAGGUUCAGAGGACUUGCUGAGCAUCAUGAGAGGUAGAAGAAACGUGUUGUACGGGGUCGACAUUUUAAGAAAAGUGUGCAAUCACCCUGAUCUUGUCCAUCAGGACCAAAAGCGACCUAAAGAUUAUGGAGCAGUGUCACGCAGUGGUAAGAUGACUCUUCUAGCACUGUUAUUACCUCAAUGGCAGCGUCAGGGUCAUAAGACGCUUUUGUUCUGUCAAACAAGACAAAUGCUUGAUAUAUUGGAAACACAAGUUCAGGGGCUUACCCGUGACGACGGACUGCACUUUGGCUACCUCCGUAUGGACGGUAACACCCCCAUUGGCGUCAGACAGCAGUUGGUUGACGAAUUCAACACUUCCAGUGAGCUCGACGUGUUUCUUUUGACCACUAAAGUCGGGGGUCUUGGCGUUAAUCUCACCGGUGCCGACCGUGUCAUCAUCUUUGACCCUGACUGGAACCCCCUGACGGAUGUCCAGGCGCGAGAGCGGGCGUGGCGUUUGGGUCAGACUCGGGAUAUCGUCAUUUACCGGUUAAUGACGGCCGGCACCAUCGAGGAGAAGAUCUACCAUCGCCAGAUCUUCAAGACGUUCCUCACCAAUAAGAUCUUAACCGAUCCGAAACAGAAACGGUUGUUUAAGAUGAACGAUUUGCACGACUUAUUCACGUUAGGUGAUGACGAUGAGAAGGGUACGGAGACUGCCGAUAUGUUCAAGCUUAGAGAGAACCAGUACGCUGGUACCAAGCUGCGGUCGCUGAAACGGCUAGACCGGGACCAGGACGUUGACGACGACGUUCUUGAAGUGGCUGGAGUGGCGAAGAUGGAUAACUACGAAGAUGGCACUGCGCAGGACCCGGAGAACUCUGAGUUCUUCAAUUUGGGGGUUCACCUGACGUUACAACACGACGACGCCGUCAGACCCCACGAGGAGACGCUGUUGGCCGAGCACGAAGCCAAUAAAGUCGCUCAGCAGGCGGUGGCCGCGUUGAAGAAGCUGGCCCGCGAAGCACGCCAAAACAAAGUGGGGACGCCUACGUGGACAGGCAAAUUUGGUGCUUUAAAGGGUCAAUUCGGCAAGGCUAAGUCUACUGCUCCAGGCAAGCGCCUGGCCUCACCAGAACUGCAGCUGCUGGCGCUGGUGCUCGCCAGUCUUAAGCGGCACAAGAGCACUGACGCCGACGGCGACGAUGUCGUGGAAAACCCGGUGCUAGCGAAAAUGGUGGCGUAUCUCCGUACCCAGCCCAACCAAUUCGCCCCGCUGAAAGCGGUGCUAGACGCCGCGGAGGUGCCGUUGACCCUGCAGCAGGAAAUGCUCAAUGUCCGCAGCAUGCUCAGGGCAGUGGCCCACUGGGACGCUGCCGAAAAGGGGUGGCGCCUAAAGGCUCAAUUCGCCGAAUAA